GCUCUACACGCUGUGUCGCGCAACAGAGGAUCCCGGUCAGAGUCCAGACUCCAGAGGUUUCCCUCGUUCACUCUUCAGGGAUAACAGGGAAACUCGAGACCUGAAUUCAGUGAAGGGAAUUGUGUUUUUGUUAACAAUGGCGCAUUCUUGCGUCGCAACCUCCGCUUCGGCUUUCAGAGUCGACUCCCUUGUCUUCUCCUCCCACUCUACUUCACGCCGUGAAAUUCACUGGGUAUCCUUGCCGAUCGGGAACGAACCCUCCAGGAAGUUAAGGAAGUCGCUUUCUAAUGGGAAAACCAUUCGAAGAUGUUCUUCGACGAUGGCAGUUUACUCCAAUGAGUUUUUGGAACCAGAAGGGAGUUUGCGACAAGGGAUUUGGUCCAUCAGGGAGGAUUUGCAAGUUCCAUCUUCACCGUACUUUCCACCCUAUGCACAAGGAGCACAAGGGCCUCCUCAAAUGGUGCUAGAGCGUUUCCAGAGCGUUGUUAGCCAGCUCUUUCAGCAUAGGAUAAUACGUUGUGGUGGUGCUGUUGAUGAUGACAUGGCGAACAUUAUUGUUUCACAGCUUCUCUAUCUUGAUGCCGUCGAUCCGAACAAGGAUAUUGUCAUGUACGUGAACUCUCCUGGAGGAUCAGUGACAGCUGGUAUGGCCAUAUUUGAUACGAUGAGGCAUAUCCGACCUGAUGUUUCAACUGUAUGUGUAGGACUGGCUGCUAGUAUGGGGGCUUUUAUUCUUAGUGCUGGCACCAAGGGAAAACGGUAUAGCUUACCAAACUCAAGGAUAAUGAUACAUCAACCCCUUGGUGGAGCUCAAGGUGGCCAAACUGAUAUAGACAUUCAGGCAAAUGAGAUGUUGCAUCACAAGGCUAAUUUGAAUGGGUACCUCUCCUACCAAACUGGCCAGAGCCUUGAGAAGAUCAAUCAGGACACUGACCGUGAUUUCUUCAUGAGUGCAAAAGAAGCUAAAGAUUAUGGGCUCAUAGAUGGUGUCGUCAUGAACCCUCUUAAAGCCCUUCAACCACUAACAGCUAGUGCUGAAUAGUGUCGAUUGGUAUCACAUGUUUACACAUCAAUUACUGCUCUUCUAUCACAAGGCCAUUUCAGAGAAUGAACCAGAGAAGAACAUGAUAUUGCUUGUCCUUGCUAAGGGUUAGUGGUGGAUAUGUCUUUGCACUCCACAGAGAAGUAUUUGACAGUUUUUGAGUUGUUAUGCUGUGAAAUACGAGGCUUGAGAAACAGAUCGGUCUUAAAGGUCAAACAUUAUGGUCUGGUCUUCAUGGCCUCAUGGGUAGUGAAACGGUCUCAAAUUGGAAACGUGAUAUAUAUAGCUUUGAAGAUUCCAAUGUAUGUGAUCUAUGGAACACAAAA